GCCCUUCUGCUGCCGGUGCCUCCUCUACACUCUAGAAGGGAACCUCCCUUGGAUCUCACCCAGGCCCUGGAAUUCCUCAGCACCAGGCUAGGCACCUUUGCACCCCUGCCCCCACGGGCCUAGAUCCUACUCUCCUCUCCUCUCCCCGCCCAAUGGCGGGCGGAGCCAGCGGCCAAAGCGGCAAGACUUCACCCAGAGCCCAGCCUCCUUCCAGGGUCCAGAGCCGAGGCCCAAAGGGGCCCUUGGCAGGACCCAAUGAAGACACUACUGACCUUCCUAGCUGUGGGAUCCCUAGCCGGCUCCCCCUGCUCCUGCCUCCUGCAGCUCGUACUACUGAGGACACAGCUUGUCCCCUUCAAUACGUGAAAUUCCAGUCCAGGAACUUUGAAAACAUCUUGGUGUGGGACAGUGGACCAGAUAGCUCUCCAGACACCGUCUACAGCGUGGAGUAUAAGAGGUACGGAGACAGAGUGUGGCUGGCCAAGGCAGGCUGCCAGAGGACCACCCAGAAGUCCUGCAACCUGACUAUGGAGACCGGCAACCUCACUGAACUUUACUAUGCCAGGGUCAAGGCUGUUUGCCCAGGAAGGAAACAAAACAACAAGACAACUGACCGGUUCAGCUCACUGCAACACACUACCAUCAAACCACCGGAUGUGACCUGUAUCCCCAAAGUGAGGUCCAUUCAGAUGCUGAUUCACCCCACGCUCACACCUAUCCGCUCAGAAAAUGGCCACCAGCUAACCCUGGAGGAGAUUUUCCGUGACCUGUUCUACCGCUUAGAACUCCGAGUCAACCACACCUACCAAAUGCACCUUGAAGGCAAACAGCGAGAAUAUGAGUUCCUUGGCCUAACUCCUGACACAGAGUUCAUUGGGGCUAUCACAAUUUUGGCUCCAAUGUGGUCCAAGGAGAGUGCUCCCUAUGUGUGCCGAGUGAAGACACUGCCAGACCGGACAUGGGCCUACUCCUUCUCAGGUGCUGUGCUGUUCUCCAUGGGCUUCCUCGUCGGCUUGCUCUGCUAUCUAGGCUACAAAUACGUCACCAAGCCACCAGUACCUCCUAACUCCCUGAAUGUCCAGCGUGUCCUGACCUUCCAGCCGCUACGCUUCAUCCAGGAGCAUGUGCUGAUCCCUGUCUUGGACCUCAGUGGUCCCAGCAGUCUGACUCAACCUAUCCAGUACUCCCAAGUGAUGAUCUCCACACCCAGGGAGCCACCUGGAGCCGCACAGCGGCAUAGUCUGCCUGAGGUCACCUACAUAGGACAGUCAGAUGUCUCCACCCUCCGACCUACCACCAACGUGUCACCUCAGCAGACAUUGUCCCCACCAUCCUAUGCCCCAAAGGCUGUCCCUGGGAUCCAGCCCCCUUCCUAUGCACCUCAGGUGGCCUCUGAUGCCAAAACUCUGGUCUACUCGCCACAGCAGGUGAUGAAGACCCAUCCUGCCACCUGUAACUCACAGAGCAUUCUGGACAGCUGGCCUGCUUCCUAUGCUGUGUGUGGGGAAGACACUGGCCAAGACUCCACUCCUGAGGCCCUGUCCAGUCCCAAACACCUCAAGCCAAAAGGUCAGCUCCACGAAGACACACUUGCUGGAAGCUGUCUCCCAGGGGACCUUUCUCUGCAGGGAGUCACCUCCUUGGCUGCCAAGGAGACACAAAGACCAAAAUCACUCCCCCCACCCCUGGAGUUUUGCACAGACAGAGGGCCUGACCUUCACGCCCUGCACAGUGGUGAACCAGAGACACCAGGGUACCUGAAGGGGGCACUAUCCCUCCUGUCUUCUGUCCAGAUCGAAGGCCACCCUGUCUCCCUCCCUUUGCACACCCAUUCCCUCUCAUGUUCCCCCUCCGACCAGGGACCAAGUCCCUGGGGCCUGCUGGACUCCCUUGUGUGUCCCAAAGAUGAGGGUCCAGUGGAUGAGGCUGAGGCCAUGAGCCCCAGUGCUGCAGCCUCUGAGCUGGAGCCACCCACAGAACUGGACUCUCUUUUCAAAGGCUUGGCUCUCACUGUGCAGUGGGAACCCUGAAGGGAGAUCAGAGCAAGCAGGCCUGGGCUUCCUCCUGCCCCACCCAGCUGACAACCCCACACCCACUAGGCCAUAGGCUCUAAGGCCCAGCCCCAGUUGGGUGCCCUGGCAAGAACUAGCAAAAGGAAGAUUGGGCCCCAAGUGGGAAUACAAAUGCACGGUGAAGGCUCUAGUGGGAAACUACAGGCAGAAGGUGUGUGCAAAUGGCCUGUGCCACCCAGCCUGGCAGGUAGAAUAGAUGGAGCGGGAAAAUGUAGGGAAACCUCCUGGGGACCAUGCUACCCCCUGCCUCUGCUCUUAGGACAUUGGGCUGGAGGCUGCCUAACUUCAUUCACUUCCUGGACAGCUCCCUAAUCUAGUUUAACCGAGAGUAAGGCAUCCACCUUCUCUGGAGGAGCUUGGAUUGGAAGCUAGGGGACCCAGCGAAACAGGCACUUCUGCCAAGGCCAGGGGCAGCACCAUGGCAAGGCUUCAGGAUGCAGUGUGGCUAGGGGCUUAGUCCCUUCCCUGCCAGUGGUUCCUUCUUUGUUCUUCUGUGGGAGGCCUCCCGCUGGAAUGACCUGUUGAUCCAUCAAAAGGUGAGGGGACGUGCCCCACAAAGCUUUUCUGCAGGCAGGGGUCCAGAGGAAAGUGUUUAAGGGGGCCGUGGGGUCAUGGGACCAUGGACCCCCAGAAGCUUUGGAAUCUCAGCUCGUCUGGGCUCGAGUUCAGGCCUCUACACCUGCCUAUCAUCCAUAUGACAUCAAACAAAUGAAUUGGCUAGUUCAGACUUCAGCUUCCUCGUCGAUGAAACAGCGAUCAUCACACCUUAUGAGAUGGUGCCAAGGAUGACAUUAAUAUCUGGGAGGUGCUUUGGGGCAGGAUCCAAUACACGGUCACGGUUUUCUGCUGGGAUUUUUUUUUUUUUUUUUUUGGUCUGGAAAAACACAAGGAGGGCCUCCUCCCAUUCAUGUUGGCUCAUGGGUGUUUUCUCACGGGAUAGAAACUGUGGCAGGCAAGGACUGGACUAUCUAGGGCAGACAGGAUGAGUUCCUACAGGGCUGUCUGGAAACAGGCCCAGAAGCAACAAAUGGCACAGCGCCUUCUCUUUGAGGUUGUAGACGGAAGCUGUCUGGGCAGAGGACAUCUCACAGGGCCUUCUUGGCAUGGAGGGAGCCCCAGACCUAUCUGCCCCUUCUCAUGAUAUAGCAGUGGUACUGUACCUCCCUGGCCCCCUGGCCCCAUGCCUGUACCCAGGAAGAGGAAGCAUCCUUUACCCUCUCUGCUGUCAGGAAGCCAUGCCCAUUAUAUCACUCUCAUCUCAGAUGGGCCUUUCCUGGAGGAACCCAAGGCCCAGGCCUAUCCAAGGCCCUGCCUGGAGUCUGCCCUCAAACACAGGGCCUUUUGUGUCAAGAAUGGAUGUUCUCCACCCUGUUGAAAUUAUCAGGGGCUGAGUCUGGCCAAACACAGAGAAGGGAGGGCCCUUAAAGGGUUCCUGAGAGAUAGGUGCCCUCCCCAUCACCUUCUGGCCCCAAAUUUCUGAGAUACAACACCAAACUCCAUCCUCGACAUUGUGGCCCUCCAGAAGUACACUGUGGCCUUCCAUUGUACUCACCUGUGUUUCCCCUUCUUUUCCCCACCUCAUCCCCUCAAUGACACAUGGUGACAUGUAGGGCUCUUAUCUAUAUACCAUUAAUAUUUAACCUCCCUCCAAGGUCACUGACCCAGUAUGUCUGGCCAAAGGUUAACUGCCUUCACUUUAUGAGUAAAAAGCCACUGAAUGGAGGGCCUGGCCUCACUUAGUCAGUGCAACCAGAGCCAUAAACUGGAGAAGCAUGAGUAUCUAAGGAGGAGCCUGUGCCCCCACCCCCCAGGAGAGGGCAGGCUCUGGGAUCACCACACACACUCCUCCCCUGGCAUCCCAGGUCUAUAGCUGGCCUGAAUCCUGCUAGAAGUCGGGCUGUCAAAGUUCUACACUGUGGAGGGUGAGCUUGGCUUUCCUGAGAGCCCUACCCCAAAACCUGCAAAGUGUCCAGCUCCACCUGUUGUGCCCUGUCCCACCCAGAGAAAGGUGAGUCUCUGAGUCACCUGCUUAACAAGGAAUGGUAGAACCAUUCUUGUGGUAAAAGAAUAGUGACCACAGCAUUACCUCAACCAUAUCUUUGGGGGAAGAGUCCAAGACCCUAGAUCCAGUCUAGCUGAACCCCCGAGCUGCAUGCAGCCAAGGAAAGCUGACAUUGCAUCCCAGCACAAAAUGGUAAACUUACUAAACUUACUUAAAACAUC